UUUAGAUGGCAGAAGGUGAUGCUAUAAGCGCUAAUGAUUUCUACGUAAGAUACUACGUAGGCCACAAGGGUAAGUUCGGCCAUGAAUUCCUGGAGUUCGAAUUCCGACCAAAUGGACAACUGAGAUAUGCCAACAAUUCCAACUACAAGAACGACACAAUUAUCCGAAAAGAGGCUUUUAUCUCGCCCGCCGUUCUUCAGGAGCUGAAAAGGAUUGUUGAAGAUUCGGAAAUCAUGCAGGAAGAUGACGCAAACUGGCCAGAGCCGGAUAAAGUGGGUCGACAGGAGCUUGAGAUUUUGAUGAACAAUGAGCAUAUUUCGUUCACUACUGGGAAGAUUGGAUCGCUCGCUGAUGUAAACAAUAGCAAGGACCCUGAUGGCUUGCGUUCAUUCUACUACCUUGUACAGGAUCUAAAAUGUUUAGUAUUUUCAUUGAUUGGUCUUCAUUUCAAAAUCAAGCCUAUCUAGUUUUUUUUUCUUUUCGAGCAUAUACGCUUAAGCUUUGUGUUGGCAUAACGCUGUAAGUUAUUCCUUUGUAUUCAUACUCUUGUUUCGUCCUUCUGUUACUGUUAAAUUGUACCAAGGUUGCUCGUGCUUUUUGUUAUUAAUAAAUAUUUUGCGAUUAAAAUGUACACGACAAAUUUAUUGAUUGUUAUACUCUACAGGCAAAAACUUGGGGAUGAUGUUUUUACAGCACUGGGCGAUUUGCAAAAUUCUCGAGAUGAAAACUGAUGCAUAGUGAGUUUCGGUUUUCGUCUAGCGACGGUCACAGUAUUUGGCAAUGUAUUCACGUGCACGAUGUGUGAACUGUUCACGAUUUGUCGACCAUAACUGUGCCGCUUGCAUGUUGAGUGCAUCGUCGAAGUCAAUCAGAUCGGUGAAUAAUGAAGACAACCCGUGAAUCACCUCGGUUAG